AUGGAAAUUGAAGUUACAAUCCUCAGGGCUGACUUCAAAAGAGACUCUGGCUGGUUCCUACAAAUAGAGCUUGAAGAAAAAUCAUACCCAAGCAAAGAAACAAAAAAGCAGAAACAACGAACUGAAUUAGCAUAUGGCUCAGAUCCUCGGUUUGAAAGGCAUUUUUUUACUUUUACCACUUCACUCGCAAACCGCAUCUCAUUGCGCUUCGGCGCAGUCGAAGCUACUGAUAUCAAAUCCUCAGCAUCCCCACAUUUAGAUACUAAAGGAAUUGACCCUAAAAAGUGCACUUGCCAAGGCGUUUACACUCUUGUGAUAACCCAAAGAAAGUUAGCAAACCUUCGAGACCAAGUCCCUAUGAGAGAGAUUUACAAACUUUUACACCCUACCACAAAGGAAGAAGGCUGUAUAUUAACUGUAUCAAUAGCUUUUAAUAUUCAUGGAAUUGAAGAACAGAUUAUCGAAAACGAAAGAGUCCUUCAAAAGGUAGAAUUUGACAGAUAUGAAAACGACCCUAUGGUGAUCAAAGAAAAGCUAUUGAAGACUGAAGAGCUUUGUGAGGCAAAAAAUAAAGAACUUGCAGAAUGGAUGGGAAAAACCGAUUCUAUCAAAAAUGCAUUAAGGUCUUUACUCUGUAAGUAAGCAAAACCAUUAAAAUUCUACUUAUGAGAAACCCUGAGCUGAAAAAAUAAUUUACUAAUAGGAGGAUUUAGGAGUUGACUUAGCAAUGCUAAAAAAGCAAAAGGACAGCUUAGAAGAAGAAAAUGAAAAAAUGGCCAAAGAGAUCAAGAAAAGGCAGAACAUUGAAGAUAUCCAUAUAAAAGUAGACAUGCUCAGCAACUCUGUGCCUGGGAUAGGAUUAUUGAAGCAGGAAUAUGAAAAGCUGAAUUUGAGGCUGAAGGUGGAAAAAAUGAUAUAUGAAGAAUUAACACAGGACUGGAUGAAAAUUGAAGGCAAAAAACGAAAAUUGGAGCAGCUCAAAGAAGAAGUCGAAAAAAUGAAAAACGCCCAAAAAGAGCUGGAAUUUCAUAUGCAUGUAUUAGCAGACAGAUUGCCAGAAUCAUUAGUUACGAGAGAAAACGUGAGGGCGCUAGAUGUUAUAAUUAAACAAUUUGAAGCACAAAUAGCUAAAGGACGCUCCCAAAAGCGAGAUAGAGCUCUUGAACUUGAAGUAGAAGAACUGAGGCACAGAAAAGCCCUUAAUACAGAAAAAUUCAAACAAGUCCAGCUGAUUUUAGAAGAAAAUGAUGGGUUUUUACCAAUGGAAGAAUACAAAAGGCUAAAAAUUGAUGAAGAAGAGUCCACACCAGAGCUUGAGCAGAUAAGAAAUCGAGGAAAUGAACUGCUGAAAGAAAUUGAGCAGCUUGGGGCACAGCUAAGUAAUGAUACAGUCACAGGCCCUGGGGAAGGAAACUUAAUCCAAAUGCAAGUGCAGCUCCAAGCAGCUGAAGCACGAGUUGCGGCAAUGCAGGAAAGAAUGGAUGAGCAGGCUUCUGCACAUGCUAAAGAAGUAGCAAUGAUGGCAGCAAAAAUAGCUGAGCUAGAUGCCAUUAUAGAGUACCAAAGACCAAGCUACCAGUAA